AGUUUUGACAAACAUGAAAUUUGUAAAGCUUUAAUUUUGAAAGCAUAGGUGUUUAGUUUCCGGUAGCUUAGAGCAGCAAACGUACUGACGUCACGGCGUGUUGACGCAGCCUUGGCUGUGGAAGCGAAUGCGCUUCCCUGACGCUAAUUUUCUUACAGUUAUGUUUCCAGAUUUUUAACCGCAGAGCAAAUGACAAUCCGCGAAGAACAGAGGCGCAUUUCGUGUAGUAUAAACCAUCGACGAAUCGACUCCAUGGAGGUGGUAGACAGCCCGCUGAACCUCGCUCAUCAGCAGUGCAGGAAGGCAGAACGUUUGCUGGCAGCUGGAAAAUAUGAAGAGGCCAUCUCAUGCCAUGGGAAAGCUGCAGAUCUUUUGACAGAUGCAAUGAAGAACACAGAAUGUGAGCAGGCCCGUCUGUCCAUGGAGCUGCAGAGGGACAGUCACAUCAAACACCAAAGGCUCAUUCAAGAGCGCUGGAAGAGAGAAGUUCGUCGCGAGACAAGGACCCAACCAGCUCCGGUGCCGUCCUCUACUGUCCCACCACUUCUUACCCACACCCGGCCCACGGGCCAGCUCCAGCCCCACGGCCCCCCGCCUGCAGCGAGUGCAGGAAUCGCGGAGAGAGAGUAUGACACCUUACUCUUCCAGCUUCAGACUCGUCAGACUGGAGGCUGCCAGCCCUUGGCUCCACCAUGUCCCGGAUCCAAGACCACCAAAGAUGACAAAACCCGCCUGGAAGAGCAGCAGACUACCAUUGAGGACCUGCGGCGCCUAGUCGACCAGCUGCUGGACGACAAUCAGCGGCUGAUGGCCGAGAACAGUCAGCUGCGAUUGGAGAACGCCCGGUUGCGCUCCGAGGCUGCCGAAGCAGCAGACUUUGUGGAGCGCUCCGAGCUCUGGGUCCUGCCUCACGCAGGUGGCAGCAUGGGGACCGGGAGUGGGCAGGAGAGGAGGAGCACAGGGAAGGGGAAGGAGAUCGCAAUCCCCCAGCUGCCACCCCUGGAGAUGCCGGCUCAGGAAGACCUGUGUCUGGAUGAUCUGCCUCCUCUCGAGCUGCCGGAGGACAUUAAGAAUGAACUACGGGAGCUGCUAGACAGGGAAAAACUGUAAUCUGACAGAUGCUCACUCACUCACAUCUCUGACAAGCAUAUGCAGACCAACCAUAAUGGCUUUGAGUUUAGAUGCCAGAGUUUGUGGUCCUUACAGGAUCCCUUUGGUCAGAUUUCCGCUCAGGAUAAAGGUGGAACCUGUGCAUGAUCACCACAUUCUAUCAGUCUCCUCCAGGUCUGAGAAGACAUCUGAUCAGGCAGAUGAAAUAAUACCACUAAUCCAGUCUAAUUACAUUACAAAGGAAACAUAUAAUAGAAUAAGAAAAAAUAAUUUUUGAUUGACACGGCUGGUUCUGUACAAAAGCAGCAAUAUUGAGACACACAUAGUUUGCCAGGUUUGCUUCUACACUUGCCUGCUAAUAGUUUUCUACAACGCUUGGGGUCAUGCAAAGAAACAUUGGAUGAAUGGAGAAAAAAAAAACAAGGAACCAAAUUCUAUGGUGUGAAUGCAGCUGCAGUGCAUUUCUAGGGGCAUUGUGAAUUUCACUGUAUUAUCAUGCAGUGGUCAAGCAUCAUGCACACACUGUCACACCCCCCAGGCGUUUGUACAAACUUUCGAAUUUGUUUCCUUACUGGAACAACAAUAAUGGACAGUUAUGCUGCAUUCACGGCCUAUGCAGAAUAUGGGAAAAUCACCUUUUCAACGCUGAAAUAGUAUUUAUUUUAGUGUUCGGCCGUUGAAGCCUAUAAGUAGCAUCAGAAUGCAACAUACUGCAGACAGAGCAUCAGUGUUUAUCAGCGUGUUUCAUGGAUGAUCACAGCUGUAUUCAUUAGGUGGUGACAGUUUUGUUUAUGUUUGAUUUGUUUCAAUAUAUUUAUCAUUGUGUGUUUAAUGUAGCUACUGGGGUCAUACAUUUAAUUCUAUGAAUAAGUGUCAGGCUGUUUUUAAUGAUGAAUCCCAUAGGACGUGAAUGCAGCAUGAGCAUCAUAGAGCUAAAGGGAGUCGCGUCUCAUUCAAAAUGGAUAACUGGAAUAUUGAAUGAGAGCUUCAACUGCCGGCUGGCCGGCCAGCGUUGGUCACUGUAGCCAAUACCACUUCAACAGCUCUUCAGGGCUCUGUUUUUUUCUCCACAAACCCAGCCCGUGCCUUGGAUAAUUUCUCAUGUUGUGGUGGCAGUCGCUUCUAUGGAUCAUUGGAUGGGCAGAUGAACAUUCUCACCUGCUUGCAGUGCUUUUCUCCCUCUACGUUCCACAUCUGUAUCAGUGACGUUGUUGGUCAGAUCAGACACCCAGUGCCCUGUUUCUCGGGCAGAAACCAGUACCGUGGCAAGCGUGUUUCCACUGUGGCUGCACUUGCUAAUGUUGUGUGGUGGGAGAUGAAACGUUACACAUCUACUGCAUGAUUCAGUGACAAACCUCCAACUCCACAAACGCUGCUCCCCACCUGGUUCUAGUACGGCUUGCCUCAGCAUUCAACCCAUGUUGAAAAAUGGCAGAAAAACUUGCACUCAAUGAUCAGAACAGUCAUUUUGUAAUUUGAGUACCAAGCAGUGAAGUGUGUUUAGAUGCUUUUGAAAUUAGCAUCCAUCUUUCUUUCUAUCUAUCCAGUUCUAUUCUCUCUAAUGAUGUGUGUCCUUAUGUGAUUGAGAUUUUUUUGUUCUAUCAUCUGAAAGACAUUUCCGUCUGAGAUUUGUGCGUUAUUUGCCAUGUCUGUUGUGUGUAUGAGUGUAAGCUGACUAGGGUGUGAAUAAUUCAGAGGACAGUUCAGGCACCCACCCGCUGUUAUCAUUACCUGAGUUUUGACUGUUUCCUGUUGGUACCCGCUGACUACUAAGCAGGAAUAAAAUACUUGGCCUUACAUUCAAAGUACUCUGUCUUGUACACAUGUAGUCAGGUCUCCGCUUAUUCAAGCAGUGCUACAAUUGAGUUGCCACCACAGUGAAGUACAACAACCCACUGACAGAUGUUGGGUUUACCCGCUGAUGUGACUUGUGUAGAAUGUCAUGAGCAUGAAUUUUAAAGCAUUACCUAAAUGUGAGCAGGUAAAACAGGUCUUCAAAGGUCUUUUCAGAAACUAUCAAUAAAUAAAUAAAGCAACCAGUUACUUCAGCAUCUGUA